GUUUUGUCCGAUCAUUUGGUGUUGUUGGUGGUGUGUUUGUUAAUGUUGAAAGAGUUUACGUAAAAUUAUCGUGAUGGGUGUCGGAUGGGCAUGGCCCUACCUCCUUCUAGGUAUAGUUCUCCUGUUGAUCUACAAGUUCUACAACAGCAGAUCAUUCAAGUUGCUCAGUGCUAUACCUUCCACCAACGCACCACGUUUUAUCGGCCACACCCUUGACUUCUUAACAAUGCAUCCCUCAAACAUUUUGAGCUUUAUGUUGCAAUUAUUUGACAAAAAUAAAACAAAUAAGAAUGUUAUGGCUAUUUGGACAGGACCAUUCUGCUUUGUAUAUUUAAGAACACUACCUGAUAUUGAGAAAUUAUUAUCAGACAAUCAGCAACUGAGAAAAUCAAUAAAUUAUAUCUACUUGGAACCAUGGCUUGGCCAAGGGCUUAUAAACUCUGAUGGAACUAUCUGGCAAAGACAUAGGAAAAUGAUAACACCUUCAUUUCAUUUCAAAAUACUAGAAGGAUUUCUUGAAAUAAUGAAUUCUAAAUUGGACAUUUUUUCUGAAGUAUUAGAAAAAAAGGUCGGAAAUGGUUAUUUUGAUAUAGAGCCAUUAAUUGCAAAUUACUCUUUGGAUGUUAUUACAGAAACUGCAAUGUCUACAAAUGUUGAUGCUCAGCGAACUAAUUCGGAAUUUAUAGACUGCAUUAAAAGCCUAACUGAAGUUAUAAUUAUUCGAUCUGUGAGGAUAAUGUAUUUUUUCCAACCAAUAUUUAAUCUCUCACCAUAUAAAAAUCAGGAAUCAAAAAGUAUAAACUAUGUGAACAAAUAUAUAGCGAAGAUAUUAGAAAACAAAAGAACUGAAGCUAAAAAUAUCAAAAAAGAUGAAAAUGUUGAGAAUGACAUAGGAGCAAAGGAAAAACUUGCUUUAUUGGACAUGUUACUUCAAUUACAAUUCAGUAAUGCUAAAAUAACUGACAAAGAGAUAUAUGAUGAAGUUAAUACAUUCAUGUUUGCUGGACAUGACACUGUAUCAUCUGCAUUGAGCUUUGUCAUUUAUAAUUUAGCAGUUCAUCAAGAUGUUCAGGAAAAGGUGUAUGCGGAGGUCAUGGAAGUGCUAGGUGAUUCAAAGCCAACUUAUCAAUCCCUAAUGAACUUUAAAUAUCUUGAACGAGUUAUCAAAGAGACCAUGAGACUAUAUCCUUCAGUUCCUUACAUUGGAAGACGAUUAAAAAAGGAUAUGCCAAUCACAGAUGGACAUAUUGUACCGAAGGACUCUGAUGUCGCUGUGUUUAUUUACGAUCAUCAUCGAAAUCCUGAAAACUUUCCAGAUCCAGAAAAGUUUGAUCCUGAUCGAUUUCUUCCUGAAAAUAUUGCCAAAAGGCAUCCUUAUGCUUACAUUCCUUUCAGUGCAGGAUCUCGAAAUUGUAUAGGCCAAAAAUUUGCAAUGAUGGAGCAAUUAGCUACAGUGAGCCAUCUGCUACGCCAGUUUAGAAUAAGUAUAGAACCUGGUUUUGUUAUGAAGCCUAUCUCACAUAUUGUACUACGACCGAAUGUUGAAGGCGUUCGCAUUAAGUUAACUAAGCGUUGAAUAUCUUUACUUUAAUGAUUGUAAAGGAAUAUUUGUUUAUAAGACUAAAGAAACUGCAUUAAUAAAUAGUUUAAUCUAGAAAUGUCAUGAAAACUUUUAUGUGAUAAAAUUAUUUUGUGUAGAAAAUGUAUAAACCUCAAAAAUAUAAGAUAUAUGUUUUUAUAUUAUACUGAUUAUCCUGUUGUAAAUUGAACUAUUUUCAAAUACACACUAGUCAUUUUUUUAAUAUGUCAAGUUCUCUAAACAGUCAUUCAUGACUUUAUAAAUUUCACCAUUAAACUGAUGAACAAGGG